GCCACAUUCCCUUGUCUAGAAGAACUGGAAUUGAAAAACAAUGAUAUUACGAAGGAGAUAUGGCAUGGACAAUAUCCAGGGGAUUAUUUUCCCAAACUAAAAGUUCUUAAACCCAUCCAAUUACCUGAGCAAUCAGUUGUCCAACCUUUCCUCUUUCAGUCACCAAAUCUUGAAAAGCUUGUUGUUAGUGAAGCUUCGUUUCUUGAACUAUUCCAGUGUCAAGGACUUGGUGAUAAGGCAAAACCUGCACUUGCACUUACUGAGUCAAGUGAAUUAAGGUUAUCUGAACUUUUGGAAUCAGUUUUCUAUAACCUGAAAACCCUGGAAGUGUUACAGUGCAGCAACUUAAAGAAUUUGGUGCCAUCCUUCGUAUCUUUCAAGAAUUUGACAACUUUGGAAGUAUCUGCAUGUCAUGAACUCAUAAAUUUAAUUGAAUACUCAACAGCCAAAAGCAUGGUGCAGCUCACAAAAAUGAGUAUAAGUAAAUGUCAAAUGCUAAAAGAAAUUGUGGCGUGUGUGGGUGAAGAAGUUAAGGAUGGCAUUGCUUUCAUCCAACUCAAGUAUUUGCUACUUCGUGGUCUACCAAGACUAGCAAGCUUUUGCUCAGGGAAUUGUGGCUUUGAACUUACAUCUUUGGAAGAAGUAAUUGUGAUGGGUUGCCCAAAUAUGCACAUCUUCUCUCGAGGGGAAUGCAGCACCACUAAUAAACUGCAAAAAGUGAAAUUGACUCUGGAUGAAGAUGAAGGGUUCUGGGAAGGCAACCUUAACUCCACCAUAAAAAGGAUGUUCACAGAAAAGGCUAGAUGUUAUGGGUUGGAGGAUUUGAAACUUUUCGAAUUUCCUGAAUUGAUUGAAAUUUGGUACAAGAAGCCUCAAGAAAACUUGCCUUUCAAAAGGCUUAAAUUUCUAGAAGUUUCAAGUGAACAAAGGCCUGAAACACCUACUCAACCUUUCUUCAGUGAGAAGGUUGUGUUACCAAAUCUAGAGGAGCUGCAAUUACGUUGGAUGAAUGUUAACAUCAAAUGGCACCCUUCAAUAACACAUUUAUGUGUGGAGAAACUGAAGAAAUUGAUCAUUCAAGGCUGUGAUAAUUUGGAGUAUUUAUUUUCAUCUUCUAUAGCUAGAGGUCUAGUGAUGCUCGGUCUAGUUGAAAUAAGGGAGUGUAAGAGGAUGAGAGAGAUAAUUGUCACAGAUAAUGCAGAAGAAAAAGAGAAUUUAAUUUUUCCUCAAUUGAACUUCCUAUUGCUAAAAGACCUUCGAAACAUUGUUGGAUUCUACUCAGGGAAUUGUAUUGUUGAAUUUCCAUCCUUGAAGCAAUUGCAAGUACUGAACUGCCCAGAGUUAGAAGGAUUCAUUGUUAAAUAUUUUGCAAGCACAAAUAUCACUGAUGACAAACAACCAUUCUUCAAUGAACAGGUUGCUUUUCCCAGCUUGGAAAGUCUGACUCUUACCCACUUGAAAAACUUGAAUAUCAUAUGGCACAACCAAUUCCAUGCAGAUUCCUUUGGCAAACUAAAAUCAUUAACGAUUGAAAAUUGUGAGAAGUUAUCCACUGUUUUUCCAUCUGCUGAUAUGCUGGGAAGAAUAUGGAAAUCCCUAGAGAAGUUAAUUUUAUCUUUUUGUGGCUCGCUAGAAGUAGUAUUUGGAAUUGUCGAGUUCAAUGUCAAACAAACACAUGCUAUAAUAGACACAAAGUUGAGAGAAUUGAAUAUUUAUGCUAUACCAAAAUUGAAGUAUGUGUGGAAUAAGGAUCCCCAAGGCAUACUCACUUUCCACAGCUUGGAAUCAAUAGAGGUACAACACUGUGGCAGACUCCAAAUUUUGUUUCCAGCUUCAAUAGGCAAAAGCCUUUCGCAACUUCAAAAGCUACAUUUAUGGAGGUGCGGGGUGGAGGAAAUUGUUACAAUAGGAGAACAGGGAAUUGAAGCAAUUGUUAACUUUGAACUUCCUCGAGUAUCAAGUCUUGAACUUGGGGGGCUACCACGACUCCAAUGUUUUUAUCCAGGGCAGCACACAACAGCGUGGCCAAUGUUAAAAAAGUUUUACUUUUCCUGUUUCAAUCAAGUAAAGAGAACAGAUGGCAGUUGGCAACUUGACUUCCCUGUACAACUAUCGCUUUUCUCCAUAGAGAAGCUCACAUCUCAGUUGGAAGAAUUGUCAUUAACAAGACAUGACAUUACAGUGAUAUGUGAACACCAAUUUAAAGAAGACCUCUCUUUCAAUAUCAAAGUCCUUCAAAUUCGUGAUUAUCUUGAUAAUGAGUCAGAUGUUUUACCCAUCAAAUUCCUACAAAGAUUCUGCCAUCUAGAAGAUCUUGUCGUGAACUGUUGUAAUUUUAAAGAGCUGUUCCCUUCAAAAGGAGAAGUUGAAGAACAAGAGAAAGACAUUGAAAUUGAGACACUCUCAAGGAUUAAAACAUUAAAUCUAACGAUCCUUCCACAUCUCAAGCAUAUAUGGAGCCAUGACUCAUCAAUUGUUCUUCAAAAUCUUGGAACUCUUCGAGUUUUUAGAUGUGAGAGUUUGAUUAGCUUGACAACAUCACCUGCCUCUUUCCAGAAUCUCGUAACUUUGAAUAUAAUCAGCUGUGGAGCAAUGUGCCCAAAAUUGAUGAUCUUCAAUGAGGGUGACCUAGACACACCACUACUACAGAGAGUAGAAUUAAUUGAAGGAGAGGACAAGUGGCGUUGGGAAGGUGACCUUAAUACCACCAUACAAAGAAUGUAUAUGGAAGAGGUUGGAUUUGCUGGGUUACAACAUUUGAUGCUGUCAAAUUUUCCCAAGUUGUUGGAAACAUGGCAUAUCAAGAAUCCUCAAGAACUCUUAGAUUUUAGACAACUUCAGGUGUUGGAAAUUUGUGAUUGUAGCAAGUUCAGUCAUAGUCUUGAGCUUCCACAAUUAAGUGAUUUUAUUGUAAAGGACUGCCCAAAGAUGGUCACAUGUGCUGCUUCUACAUCCUCAGAAGAGCACGACAAAGAGGACUAUCAAUACCUCCUUAGCAGCAAGGUAGAGACUCCUAACUUGGAGUUUUUGAGUUUGUCUUCGAAUAACAUUCAACAAAUUUUGGACAAUUCAAUUCUAGAAAUCUCUUCUUUUGUCCAAAAUUUAAGAAAGUUGUGUGUGGAGGGUUGUGGUAAUUUGGAAUAUCUAUUGACAUCCUCUAUGGUUAAGAGUUUUGAGCAACUGAAUUGGCUUAAGAUUUGUGAUUGUAAUAUGAUGGAAGAGGUAAUACAUGUAGAAGAAUCAAUGGAUGAGGAAAGGAUGUGCAAGAUUUUCUUCCCUAACCUGGAGUUCCUAUUGCUCCAAGACCUUCCAAAACUCACAAGAUUUUGUUCUGGAAAUUACUUGGAAUUACCAUGCCUUUGGAAACUUAAGAUAAGCAAGUGCCCUGUGCUGAAGACUUUCAUCUCUAGCUUCUUUUUUGGAGACAUGAUAGCUAGUUCUGAAAAUGUCAAAAACACUUGUACACUUUCUCUCUUUGAUGCAAAGGUGGCAUUCCCCAAAUUAGAGCGUUUGGUAAUUGAACAUGUGAAGAGCUUGAAUAAGAUAUGGAACAACCAGCUCGAAGUAGAUUCUUUUUGCCAACUAACUUUGGUGAGUGUGGUUUCAUGUGAAAAGUUAUUAAAUAUUUUCCCAUUUAGUAUGUUGAAAAGGCUUCAGAGACUAGACAAGCUCCAAAUAUGGAACUGUGAUUCACUUGAAGAGAUACUUGAGUCUCAUGAACCUGGUGUUAGCCAAUCACAAGCUCAAAAGGCCACUCCGCUACCUUUGUUGGAAACCGUCACAUGCUUGGAGGAUGAUGUGAAGGAUAAGAUUGUCUUUAGCAAACUCAAGUAUUUGCAACUUUGUGGUCUGCCUAGACUUUCAAGCUUUUGCUCGGUUAAAUGCAAGUUUGAGUUCCCAUUUUUGGAAGAUGUGAUUUUGAUGGAUUGUCCAAGUAUGCAGACUUUCUCCAUGGAUGAAAUAAGGACACCAAAAGUACAAAAAGUAAAAUUGACUAGAGAUGAAGAUGAAGGCUUUUGGGAUGGCAACCUAAACUCGACCAUACAACUACAGUUCAUGUAAAAGAGUCAAGGUGAUUCUAAAAAUUGAGAUCAAAGAAAUUGCGGCUCAUGUCCUUUCCAAGUGAAAUUUGACGGUCUGAAUGGUGUACGCAUCAGUUGGAUGUGAAGUUGUCACAUUGCUUGGUGGCCAGAAUAUUACCUCACUAACUAAAAUUGAUCCCUUUUU